AAAAAAUCUGAAUAAACACCACAGAACCUGGUUCUAGGAAUUUUCGAGUGACGCAUGCUCUUCUGAUAACCAGCUAUAAAAAGAGCUCUUUCUCUAUCUUCAGACAACACUAACAUUUGUGCUUCUACAUCAAGCAGUAAAACACCAAAAUGACCGAAGGACAAAAAAUUGCCCCCAUCCUCAUUUCCAUCAUUUUCCUCAGCCAACUCUGCUGGACACAGCAGGAAGACUUUCAAUACCAUUACUCUUCCAAGUAUGGGCUGUUGUGUUACGAUGGCUGCCACCAGAAUGGAAAGAGUUACUACUGGUGCAAAACUAGAAAGGGCUGGGAUUACUGCUCGGUAAGGCAGAACACAGAUUAUAAAGGCAACGAGUGUAAAAGAGAACAUCCUUGUGACCUGCAUGAUGAAGAUUACCGCUGGUGCUAUACAACGAAUGGGGAGUGGGGUUACUGUGGAAGUGUGGAGCCAAAAAAAGUGAAUAAUAAACACUUGUAUAAAAGUUCGACGUUUCAGAUCGAGUGCAAGGACAGGUGUUCCUAUGAUAACUCAGAAGAGUUGUACGGGUGCAACACACAUAAAGGGUGGGACUACUGCUCUCCAUCACCUGAUGUCACGUACAAGAACAAGCCGUGCCGAUUCGAUCAUUCGUGUAGCUCCCAUGGCUAUAAGUACACCUGGUGCUGGACAGACACAGACUGGGGCUACUGUGGCAUUAUUGAGAAAAGCGAGAUUUGUGAUAGCGUGACACUUUCAAAGAGAGUAUCUGAUCAUAUAGAAGAGAUAUGUUUGCGCGAUGACUUUAAUGAAAAGAUGACCAUGCUGAUGCUAGAGUGGGAUCCUAAAGCCAUAACAGAGGGAAGAAAAUGGAGUAACGAAAUGUCACAGAUAAUUUCACAGUGGGACAAUGAAUACCUAGACAGUGAAAGAAAGUCCAAUGUCAUCACCACAACAAACCUUCAGCUUGGCCUGCAGGGGUUGGUGCAAAGGAAUAAUGUGCAAUAUACUGUCCUUCAAAUUCAGAGGAAAAUGCAAGAUCCACACAGAAUAAGCCCCACAGUGGCCGAGGUGUACUUGCCAAAAGAUGUCAUUCCAGAAAAACACGUCCACCAGGCCAUUAUUGAGAGCUUCUGUAACCGUGCCAAGAUUUAUGUAAAAGUGAGCUCUGACAGCGGUUAUCAAACUAAUGCAGAUUGUGUCCAAAUCCCAAACUAAACAAUUGAUUCAGCCAAUGUUCACUUAAUCUAAUAAUUAAAACGAAAUUUGCUUACACGACAAUUAACAUUUGAAUUUCUGCUAGCUGCCUGAAGCUAUAGAACCACAGCAUGCUAUUACUUUUGAACAGAUUUGCUUUGCUUUAGAAAGAAAUAUGUAGAUCGUGUGUAGUGUUACCUAGAACCACAUCACUGAGAACGAGGCAUGAGCUGAGGAUCAGUACACAGAUUCCACUGAAUCAAAGAGGAACAUUUUAAGUUUUUGCUUCUUGCAACAGAGAAAUGUACUGAAUGAUUAUCUAUAAAUAAAAAUCUUUUUUCUUGUUCUAAUGAA